AUGUCUCUGAAGCUGUGUGUAGGUGGAGGCUUGAGAACGGAUAGCACGAAUAUUAUGGAUGAGUCUGGAAUGGGUGAGAGAAGCAGAGUCUCCUAUGUGAUUAGAGAUGAAGUGGAGAAGUAUAACCGAAACGGGGUAAAUGCACUUCAGCUGGAUCCAGCAUUAAAUAGACUCUUCACAGCAGGGCGAGACUCUAUUAUAAGGAUAUGGAGUGUCAAUCAGCACAAGCAAGACCCUUAUAUAGCAUCUAUGGAACAUCACACAGAUUGGGUAAAUGAUAUUGUGCUCUGCUGCAAUGGUAAAACAUUGAUAUCUGCUUCUUCAGAUACUACUGUUAAAGUGUGGAAUGCACAUAAGGGAUUUUGCAUGUCAACACUAAGGACGCAUAAGGAUUAUGUGAAAGCCUUAGCAUAUGCAAAAGAUAAAGAACUGGUAGCAUCUGCUGGGCUGGACAGACAGAUAUUCCUCUGGGAUGUAAAUACUCUAACAGCACUGACUGCCUCAAAUAACACCGUAACAACGUCUUCCCUGAGUGGGAACAAAGACUCUAUCUACAGCCUUGCAAUGAAUCAAAUGGGAACAGUUAUUGUAUCAGGGUCCACUGAAAAGGUUCUAAGGGUGUGGGAUCCAAGAACUUGUGCAAAACUAAUGAAACUCAAAGGGCACACGGACAACGUAAAAGCUUUGUUGUUGAACAGAGAUGGCACCCAGUGUCUUUCAGGCAGCUCUGAUGGAACUAUCCGCCUGUGGUCCCUUGGGCAGCAGAGAUGUAUAGCCACAUAUCGAGUCCAUGAUGAAGGUGUUUGGGCUCUGCAGGUGAAUGAAGCCUUCACUCAUGUUUAUUCAGGAGGAAGAGACAGGAAGAUUUAUUGUACAGAUUUACGAAAUCCUGAUAUCCGUGUACUUAUCUGUGAAGAAAAGGCACCAGUUCUUAAGAUGGAACUUGAUAGAUCAGCUGAUCCUCCUCCAGCACUUUGGGUUGCAACAACUAAAUCCUCUGUGAAUAAAUGGACUUUGAAGGGAAUUCAUAAUUUUAGAGCAUCUGGAGAUUAUGAUAAUGAUUGUACCAAUCCUAUACCACCCCUGUGUACACAGCCUGACCAAGUUAUAAAAGGGGGUGCUAGUAUUAUUCAGUGCCACAUUCUUAACGACAAGAGACACAUAUUAACCAAAGACACAAAUAAUAAUGUGGCAUACUGGGAUGUCUUGAAGGCAUGUAAGGUUGAAGACCUUGGGAAAGUAGAUUUUGAAGAAGAAAUUAAGAAGAGAUUUAAAAUGGUGUAUGUGCCAAACUGGUUCUCAGUAGACUUGAAAACUGGGAUGUUGACAAUUACUUUGGAUGAAAGUGACUGCUUUGCAGCCUGGGUUUCAGCAAAGGAUGCUGGAUUUAGCAGUCCAGAUGGUUCUGAUCCAAAACUAAACCUUGGAGGGCUUCUGCUACAAGCACUUCUGGAGUAUUGGCCUAGAACACAUAUCAAUCCAAUGGAUGAGGAAGAAAAUGAAAUAAAUCAUGUGAAUGGUGAGCAGGAGAACAGAGUCCAGAAAGGAAAUGGAUAUUUUCAAGUGCCACCACAUACACCAGUUAUUUUUGGUGAGGCUGGAGGACGCACUUUGUUCAGGUUAUUAUGUCGGGAUUCAGGUGGUGAAACUGAAUCUAUGCUUCUUAAUGAAACUGUGCCACAAUGGGUGAUUGACAUUACUGUGGAUAAAAAUAUGCCCAAAUUCAAUAAGAUUCCCUUCUACCUCCAACCUCAUUCAUCAUCAGGGGCAAAAACUCUAAAAAAAGACCGACUGUCAGCAAGUGAUAUGCUUCAGGUGAGAAAAGUGAUGGAACACGUGUAUGAGAAAAUCAUAAACUUGGAUAAUGAGUCUCAGACAACUAGCUCUUCCAAUAAUGAAAAAGCAGGAGAACAAGAAAAAGAGGAGGACAUUGCUGUGCUAGCAGAGGAGAAGAUUGAACUGCUGUGCCAGGACCAGGUUUUGGAUCCGAAUAUGGACCUUCGAACAGUAAAGCACUUCAUCUGGAAGAGUGGCGGUGAUCUGACGCUUCAUUAUCGCCAGAAAUCAACGUGAAGGGAGUGGUGGACCCAAAUGUCGGCUUAUUUACUUGACCAUACUGUACUGGUUCCACGAGUAGUACUAUAGAAGCCCACUGAACCCCUAAGGUAGAUGAGACUUCUAAUGACUCAGUAUGGAUGGAAAGUAUACAUUUAAUUGAAGUGACUAAUAGAUCUGUAAUAUAGAGGAAAAAAAUCUAUAUGACUUAAACUAAAGUCUGUCCUAGUCUCAACCAAUGAGAUGAGAAGGCCCUGAGUGGUUUGUGUUGUGUGAGGUGUACAGAGAAUGGAUGAUAAUACAGUGCAGACUUUUGCUUCCUCCUUUUUUGCUUUUGUUUUUCCAGAACAUAAUAUCCUCAUCUGCUCAUGCUUGAUAUGAAACCAUUUUGGCCAUAUUAGUCGCUGUGUUCACAAUAUAAUUCAGAACUGCACACAAGGUAUUUUUAGUACAUUCCAUUCACAAAGUUCCUACAAUGAUUCCUCACAGGUUACUCAAACAUUUUUACCACUUAAAGAAAAUUGGAAAAGAAAAACAACUGAAAAUAGGUAUUGCAUACGUGAAAGAAUCGGCCCAUUUAAAUGCAAAUGAAGGGUUAACAUUAGACUUGUUUUAAUACUGCAACUCAGUUGUUGCUUUAGAGAGUUGUUGACAUGCAGAAUAAGAACACUAGAUAUAUAUUGUAGCAGGGUCAGUCCAAUGAUGCUGUGCAUCAUAAUAGAGUGAACAUGCUUUGCAGCAACUUUGAGAUUUUUUUUUUUUUAAAAUAUAUAUAACUACUUCCUGCACUGUGUCCUAGGUGUUCUAAAGACACACUAGUCUAAAUUUUGGUAACUGUGCUCCAAAACGAUGUGACAUUUUGUUAAAACUUCAGACCAUUCUGAAAAUAACUUCGUAUGUUUAAUGUUAAACUUAAGAAACUUCUCAGCAGAUUUCAUAUUCAUGAUACAAAAAUACUUAUUCUUUUCCGAAAUUUUAUAUGCAGUUGUUCUUUUGUUAUAGAUGUAUGCUCAUCUUAUUUUCACUGUUAUUUCUAAAAAUCUGUGACUGUCAUAGACUCAUAGUAGUCUUUAUAGAGUUUAACUUA